UGAUUGGUGGGUUUGCUCUUAUCGACAUUUUUAAGGGGCCCGACGUCCAUUCACUUUGUAUCAUUGUAAACAUUUUCUUUUUGAAUUGUGUGCUUGUCGUGAAAAAAUAUGUCCAAGACACAAAACAAAGCUUCCAACGGUUCGGUCGCUGCCAUUCCAGAAAGUGAGUACAGAGUGAAAGACAUGAGUCUUGCGGAUUGGGGCCGCAAAGAAAUUGAACUGGCAGAGGUAGAAAUGCCUGGACUAAUGGCAACAAGGGAAGAGUUUGGACCGUCAAAGCCAUUCCAGGGUGCCCGCAUAAUGGGCUCAUUACAUAUGACUAUUCAGACUGCCGUUUUAAUUGAAACACUGAAGGAACUAGGUGGUGAUAUUAGGUGGUGUUCUUGUAACAUUUUCUCCACUCAAGACCAUGCAGCUGCAGCAGUUGUUGCACAGGGUUCAGCUUCAGUCUUUGCUUGGAAAGGAGAGACUGUUGAAGAAUAUUGGUGGUGUACUAAUCGUGCCUUACAGUGGCCAGAUGGAGAAGGACCCGAUCUGAUCGUUGACGAUGGUGGUGACGCUACUCUUCUUAUCCACGAAGGUUUUAAAGCAGAAGAGGUAUAUGCGAAGAAUAAGACGUUACCUGAUCCCUCUUCCACUGAGAAUCGAGAGUUUCGAGCAGUUCUUUCUAUAAUUGCCGAGAGUCUCCAGAAGGAUCCACAGCGUUUCCAUCGUAUUGCUCAAAGGUUAGUAGGAGUUUCUGAAGAAACCACCACUGGAGUGCAUCGUUUAAUCGAAAGAGCUCGCGAAGGUUCUUUACUAUUUCCAGCCAUCAAUGUGAAUGACUCGGUUACCAAGAGCAAGUUUGAUAAUAUCUAUGGUUGUCGCCAUUCACUUCCGGACGGUAUUAUGAGAGCUACUGAUGUUAUGAUUGCCGGGAAGAAGGCUGUCAUUUGUGGUUAUGGAGAUGUUGGAAAGGGAUGUGCUCAAGCCAUGAAAGCUGCAGGAGCCAGAACGGUCAUUACCGAAGUGGACCCUAUUUGUGCUCUUCAAGCUUGCAUGGAGGGUUACGAAGUUGUAUUGUUGGAUGAUGUUCUUUCUGACGCAGAUAUCUUUAUUACUACCACUGGAAAUAAGGAUAUUAUAAUGGCACACCAAAUGGCCAAGAUGAAGAACAAUGCCAUCGUUGGCAACAUUGGACACUUUGAUAAUGAAAUUGAUAUGUCAGGUUUAGAGAAGUAUCCGGGAAUUAAGAAAGUGAAUAUCAAGCCUCAAGUUGACCGCUUUGUAUUUCCCGAUGGACAUGGCAUUAUUAUGUUGGCUGAAGGUAGACUUUUGAAUCUGGGCUGUGCAACUGGACACCCCAGUUUUGUUAUGUCUUGCUCUUUCACCAACCAAGCAAUGGCUCAAUUGGAAUUGUGGAACAAUCGUAAAACUGGCAAAUAUCAAAAGAAUGUGUAUGUUUUGCCAAAGAAACUUGACGAGAAGGUUGCCAGAUUGCAUCUCGGGAAGUUGGGAGCUAAGCUUACCAAGUUGUCUCCAGAACAAGCUGAAUAUAUUGGAAUAAGCCAAGAGGGACCUUACAAACCAGAUACUUAUCGCUAUUAGACAAGUUUCCUUGUUUUGGUAGAUUCCGGUCGUUUUCGAUAAAUGUGACAUGUUGUUUGAAAAUUGU